AAUCAAAGAAAGAGAAAUAGAGAGGAACGAAAUGAAGAAAACAGGAGGGGCCGAAAAGAAAAGGGUCCGAAGGUCCUCCGCUUCUGUUCAAAACGGCGGCCGUGAUUCCGCCUCCGAUACCCCUCCCAGGAAACAAGCAGCCAAGCAGGAUGAAUUCCAGUUGUUUGCAGAGAAGGUGAGAGACCAUAAGGAUUUGGAGUCUAGGUGGGCUGUUCUACAGGAGACACGGGUAGAAUAUUUCAGAGGGAAAGAUUUUGUAAGCUUUUUGAGAAAUCAUCCGGAGCUCAAAGACGUUUUAGAUUCCGAUAGGAGUUUAGAAGCUGAAGAUAUUGCCAAUAUGUUACUGAGAAAGAAUCUUUUAGUGCGGUGUGAUCGUGUUGUAAAAACUGUACGUCCUGGGAAGAAAAAGUUGUCUACAUGGCCUGCACAUUUGGAGAUUUUUUCACAGGAGCAAGGAUUUUCUGAGAAUGAUGCCUUCUUUGCAUGGACUUUUGUUAAACGACGGCCUCUUUGGCAGACACUUCUCUCAUUUUUCUGGCCUGUUGUGACAUUGGCAAUUUGCUUGUUUCCUGUUUAUCCCCAUCGGUGCAAGCUACUAAUACUCUACUCGUGUCUCGGGGUCCUGCUGCUUUUCCUUUCUCUACUUCUUUUGAGGGGUGCAAUAUUUGGUGCUCUAUACAUUAUUUUGGGGAAGCGAGUUUGGUUUUUCCCAAACAUUCUUGCCGAGGAAGCCACUUUGAGGGAAUUGUUCCGUUUCUGCCCCCAGAAAGAUGAGGAGGAGCAACCAAAGUGGACAACGAGGAUCUUCUAUGCGGUACUUGCGGUGCUGGUCAUAUUGCUGAUGAGGCACCAUGCCCCUGAUGAAGCUGCCAGAGCCAGGUAUCAGAAACGUGUAUCUAAUAUAAUCGAUGAUGUUCUUGAGUGGGAUCCUAGAUUGGCGCUUUCUGGAAUGAUGGAGAAGCAGCCUUUGUUUAAUGAGACAGAGGCAAGCAAUGCUACUGACGAAGAGGUGACACCACCGGAUGGGGUGGGUGCAAAAACUAUCAUAGAGCAGGAUGAGGAAAUCCUAGAUGUUAGUGAUGAAAACCUAGACAACAGUGAUGAACAAACACAUGAUCAUAUAUGAUUAUAAAGUAUGCAAUACCUAAAAAAGACGUUGCACUUCUUUACCCUUUUUCCUUUAAAUUGGAGUGUAAAACAAUAUGUAACAGACAAUAAAGCAGUUAGUUAUAAAGUGUGGUCUUUUUAUUGGAUA